ACGAGUGCGAACACGCCAAACUCACACGCCCAGUCCGUCGCCCAACAGUCCUGGAAAGUGCUGGGCUGUUUUAGCUUUCCAGGACUAGUGUGUCACAUACCAGCCAGAAUCAACCGAACCGUCCAGCUAGUGGGCCCAUUUCACCGUGUUGCGUUUGUUUCCUUCGGUCGCGUUCGCUUGGCGCUUGUUGACCGUGCUGUACGUAAAGCUGCACCCCGAUCCCGGCAAUACGGAGCUGACCCGGUGAAAAAAACAUGUGCCAUACAACUGUGCCGACACGUUACGAUGCGUUUCAUUAAACUGAAAAGCAGAGUGGACUGUUGCGAACGAAGGCAUGUGGCGGGGACGGGUCAUCGGUGCUGGAUCGUUGGCAUUACGCCGACGGUCCCAGUGAUCUUGGUGCUGCUGGUGGCGGCUGUGUCUCGUCCGGUGGCCAACGCUCAGGGCAUUGUGCCGGUCGAAGGAGAUGGUAAUGAGACGGCGGAGUACUACCAUCUCGAGAUGGGUGCCAGUGCGGAGGUGAAGGAACGCGAACUGCAGGAACUGCGCCAGAGGCUGGCCGGUACAACAUUGCGUGUCACUACACUUCAGGACUGGCCCCUCAGCUACACGGUCAAAAUCAACGGCACGUACGUCGGUGCCGGUGUUGCCUUCGAUCUGCUCGAAUUUCUGAUGGAAAAGUUCAACUUCACGUACGAGCUGGUCAUGCCGGAGCAAAACAUUGUCGGCUCGUCGAACGACAUGGCCGGCAGCGUGCUGCAGCUCCUAUCGAACGGAUCGGCCGAUAUCGCGGUCGCCUUUCUACCGAUACUGGCCGACGCCCGGCAGCACAUCCGCUACUCGACCGGGCUAGACGAGGGCGAAUGGAUCAUGAUCAUGGUGCGGCCGAUGGAGUCGGCCAGCGGAUCCGGUCUACUCGCACCGUUCAAUCGGGACGUUUGGAUAUUGAUUCUGCUCUCCCUGCUAGCGGUCGGUCCGAUCAUCUACGGUUUGCUGAUACUACGCCACCGGCUCACCAAGGACAAGGAGCAGGUCAUCUACAGCUUACCACACUGCGUCUGGUUCGUGUACGGUGCGCUGAUGAAGCAGGGCAGCACCCUAUCCCCCACCGGAGAUUCUACCCGCAUUCUGUUCGCAAGCUGGUGGAUAUUCAUCACGAUCCUUACAUCGUUCUACACGGCCAAUCUGACCGCCUUCCUAACGCUGUCCAAGUUUACGCUCCCCAUCAACAACGCGGAGGACGUGCGGCGGAAGGAGAAACAGUUCGUAACGAUCCGGGGCAGUGCCGUAGAGUACGCCAUCAAAAAUCGCGACGAAACAUUGAACGCCCUGAGCGUGCUGGUCGACAAGCGGCUGGUGGACUUCACCACCAACGUAAAUGACAGUGACACGCUGGCGGACAAGGUGGCCAAACAGAACUACGUGUUCGUCCGUGACCGGCCCGCCAUCGACCACAUGAUCUACGCGGACUAUCUGGUAAGGCGCAAGAUCAACACGCUUAUCGAACGGUUGCACUGUCCGUACGCCACUGCCACCACGCCGUUCCUGAAGCGGAACCGUGCCUUCGGCUAUCCACUCACCACCGAAUGGAAUCGUAUCUUCGAUCCGGAGUUGCUUAAAAUGGUGGAGGGUGGCAUCGUCAAGUACAAGCUGCACGAUCGCCUCCCGAAGGCCGAAAUCUGUCCCCAGAACCUGGGCGGCACCGAGCGUCAGCUAAAGAACCGCGAUCUCGUCAUGACGUACUUCGUCAUGGUGACCGGGUUCGUCACCUCGAUCGUAGUGUUCGUCACCGAGCUCGGUUUCCGCUAUCUGAACCAGCGCAAGCUGCACGAUCAACUACAGCAGCAGCAGCUGCAGCAACCGUCCAAAAAGUUCCCCACCGAGCGCAUCUCCUAUCUGGGCAAACAGUUUGCGGCCGGUGAUUCACCACCGCCACCGUACGCCGAAAUCUUUAGCCGCCAUCAGCUCGGUGUGCUGGGAAGCGAACGGACCGGGAAGCUGUUCGAUGACGGCAGCCACGUUGGCAACGGCGGUACCGGCAACAGGCAGAUGAUUAACGGGCGGGAUUAUAUGGUGGUGCGGGAGAAGAAUGGACUGGGCUCGCGGUUGAUACCGAUGCGUGCCCCGUCGGCGGCCAUCUUUCACUACACGUAUGCCAAUUGAGCGUUGUCCUUUGAAAGGCGCCUUCGCGGAGGGAGUUGUGCCAGAAAGUAUUAUUAUUAUUGCAUUUCGUUUUAAAUUCUUUACUUAAGCGGGUGAAUGUAUGCGUGUGCGUGUGUGUGUGUGGGGGGGUUCUGAAGCUUAUUUUUUUGAAAAUUCCUUGAUUAACUUCUGAACCACAAGUGAUGCAAUGUGCAAUAUUCCGCCUGUACUUUCCCCAAGUUUCUUUAAACACAAUUUUACCUAAAUAAUAUAAACAAGACACUUACCCAUUUACAUCACAUUACGCACCUUCGUGUGAAAAAAGCGCACCAGCAAACGAUGGCAAAACAGCAGAAAACUAGCGAAGGUUUUCCGGCACCGUGUGUUCGCAAUCGCAAUAUUGGUUUGCAUAUUUUGAAGUGGCACAGCAGUUUGUUACAAAAAGGUACAACGAAUAUCUUAUAUCUAUAUCCCCAAGCUGCAUCAACCUCUUGCAUAUGUAUCAAAAAGGAUACCAAAAAUACAAAAAAAAAAUCUUAUUUGGGUUGGGGUCGUAGUGCAAACAGUUUAUCUGAGAAUGGUUAGCAUUUGCUCCGGAGUACAACACACUAUGCAUCAGAAUGACAUUCAAUACCUUUAAGCAUGUUUGAAAUUGAUUAUAUUAAACAAAAUUAAACAUUACACAUAUAUACAACCAACGAAUGAGUAGAUUUUGGAUGAGGUGAGAGAAUAUAAUAGAAACGGUGCGGAAAGUGACGGUGAAGGAAUAAUGCAUAAUGUAUUGCUAGACGUUGAUGAACAACUCUUCAUUUCUUUCGAUCUUUACUCCCUUUUCCACACAACCAUGCACACACAUACGCACACCAGAAAGGCAGUAUUAUAUGAUCCUAUACCAAAAAUAUUCACCAAAAAAAAACGAGAAAAAUUAAAUUUAAAAACCUUUUUGCCUAUCUUCUAUUUGUACUCUACCACUAAAGAAGUGUUAUGUGUUAUUGAUUUAAAAAAAAGUAAGUCUCACAAUAAAGUUCAUUUUCAUUCGAUUGUCCUUCUAUCAAAAA